GGUGAGAUGCGGCGGCUGCAGCUGCUGCUGUGGCUCUGGGGGCCGCUCGGUGCCCUGGCCCAGGACGCCCCAGCGGGGACAGCUCAGGCCGAGGACGCGGUGGACCUGGAGCUUUCCACCGAGCAGCCGCUCCAUCUCGUGAGUCCCUCGUUCCUGUCCGUGACCAUCGAUGCCAACCUGGCCACUGACCCGCGGUUCCUCACCUUCCUGGGCUCUCCAAGGCUUCGGACUUUAGCCCGAGGUUUAUCUCCUGCAUACUUGAGAUUUGGUGGAACCAAGACGGACUUCCUUAUUUUUGAUCCCAAGAAGGAACCAACUUUGGAAGAAAGAAGUUAUUGGCAAUCUCAAGUCAACCACGACGUUUGCCGGUCCGAGCCUGUCUCUGCUGAUGUGCUGAGGAGACUCCAGGUGGAAUGGCCCUUCCUGGAGCUGUUGUUGCUCAAAGAACAGUACCAAAGAGAGUACAAGAACAGCACCUACUCAAGAAGCUCAGUGGACAUGCUGUACAGCUUUGCGAAGUGCUCAGGGUUAGACCUGAUCUUUGGUCUAAAUGCAUUACUAAGAACGCCCGACUUGCAGUGGAACAGCUCCAACGCUCAGCUGCUGCUGGACUACUGCGCUUCCAAGGGCUACAACAUCUCCUGGGAACUGGGCAACGAGCCCAACAGUUUCUGGAAGAAAGCUCACGUUUUCAUCGAUGGGCUGCAGUUAGGAGAAGAUUUUGUUGCGUUGCAUAAGCUUCUACAAAAGUCAGCUUUCAAAAAUGCAAAACUCUAUGGUCCCGACAUUGGUCAGCCUCGAGGGAAGACAGUUAAGCUGCUGGGAAGUUUCCUGAAGACUGGCGGAGAAGUGAUUGACUCAGUUACAUGGCAUCACUACUACUUGAAUGGACGUGUUGCCACCGAAGAAGAUUUUCUGAGCUCUGAUGUGCUGGACACUUUUAUUUUAUCUGUGCGAAAAAUUCUAAAGGUGACUAAGGAGAUAAGACCCGGCAAAAAGGUCUGGUUGGGAGAAACAAGCUCCGCCUACGGCGGGGGAGCGCCCUUGUUGUCCAACACCUUUGCUGCUGGCUUUAUGUGGCUGGAUAAGUUGGGCAUCUCAGCCCAGAUGGGCAUAGAGGUGGUGAUGAGGCAGGUGUUCUUCGGAGCCGGUAACUACCACCUAGUGGACCAAAACUUCAAGCCCUUACCUGAUUACUGGCUGUCUCUUCUGUUCAAGAAACUGGUAGGUCCCCAGGUGCUGAUGGUGCAAGUGAAAGGCCCGGACAGAAGCAAACUUCGAGCGUAUCUGCAUUGCACGAACACCCACCACCCAAGGUAUCGGGAAGGAGAUUUAACUCUAUAUGCCUUGAACCUCCAUAAUGUCACCAAGCACUUGAACUUGCCAUAUCAAUUGUUUAACAAGCCAGUGGACAAGUACCUUCUAAAGCCUGUUGGACCUGAUGGGUUACUUUCCAAAUCCGUUCAGCUGAACGGUGAAACCCUGAAGAUGGUGGAUGACCAGACUCUGCCAGCUUUAACAGAGAAACCACUCCGCCCAGGAAGCUCCCUGGGCAUGCCUGCCUUUUCCUAUGGUUUUUUUGUCAUAAGAAAUGCCAAAAUUGCUGCUUGUUUAUGAAAAUUAAAGGCAUACAGUAGCCCCGAGAUGAAAGAGUUCAGGGGUGUUAUUCAUGAGAGUAAAGCAAAGCUCUAGCUGUCUGUAGGAAGGCCGCCUUGUUCUCAGCUCCAGAGCCUUGGGAGGACGCGGGCUUGCCUCACUGCUGGCGCCAGUGUGACCUCAUCUAAGUCAGACACCGCAGGUAAUGGCAGGUAAUGGCGCCGUGUGCCAAGUGAUGCUUAGCAUUUUGCAUGCACUAUUUUGAGGGUUAUUAAAAAUGUAUAGGAAUGCCUUCGAUAUGAACAAAAGGCAAAUAAGUGAAGGAUAUGUCAUGAUUUUUUAAAGCUUUUUAUUAUUAUUAUUAUUAUUAUUAUUAUUAUUUUGGUUAGAAGACUGUCCAAUCUGUCCUUCAGGAGCCUCUCUGGAGCUCCGGCAGGGAAAGGCUCAUUGCCACAACUUCACACUGCCUGUAAAAGACAUACAUCUGCUCACGCCUGAGAGGAACUAAAAGGAAGAGAACUGGCCCCAUGCCUCUUCUCUUUGUUCUUCAGAAACCAUCUGUGAAAGGACAGAUGGUUGGGUGGGGUAGUAUUAAAAACAAACAAACAAACAAAAACAAAAAACAAAAACCAGUGACAGCACUUGAGAGGAAAGGGGUGACAGAGUUUGGAAAUGACGUAAAGGAGACGGCUGGCUGACUGAGCGAAGUUUUAGGAAACCCCUGACAUGUCAUAAUCAUCCCAGUACUCACUUUUUCUGUACCAUUAGUUCUUGCUUCGCUUGGGAAGCUUUGACCUGUAACAGAGACCUGUAAAUGAGGACAUUUAUAGCCCAUAUAAGAAGUUCAAGUGAAGCACGGUCCAACAGCUGGGCACAUCACCAUGGGUCAGCUGCUUUCACCUGCUCUGCCCACUGUCUGUAGCACUGGCUCUGUGCUUGGCCUGGUCACAUGAUGGCUGUGACUGAUCUACAGGUUCAUUGAGAUCUGGUAACAACCAGAGGAAGAAGAUGAGUGAUUUCUUCACAGACCUGAAGACACCUUUCCUGGAGGUUCUCCCAGUAAGCCUUUCUUCAAGUCUCCAGUCCUAGUGGCCAGGAACAGGUCUACGGUCAUUCCCCCAGUCACCACCCAUGACCA